AUGAAUAUAGUGUGUUUGGCUACAGAGUUGGUUUUUCGUUUUUAUCAAGUUCUUGCUACAGAUUUGGAGACAUUUAGUAAACACGCAAAACGUUCCACUGUAACCGUUGAAGAUGUAUUCUGUUUUGUUCGAAGAAAUCCCCGAUUAUUACAACAUUUAAUGGAGUACCAUAAGAGUCAAACUGAAAGCAACAACCAACAGUUGUCAUCUGAAGUAAUCAAUGAAAAUUCCAAAGGGAAAUUAAAACUGAAAGCUUCUAGAAGAAACGUUAGCGGGAAUAAAACUGAAGUCAAAGAAUGCAUUAAAAUAGAUCAAAAUACUGAUGACUUUGUGUGA